AUCACUUCACUUCCUUAAAUAUAUAUCUAUCUGUUGCAUACUACAACAUAUAAAGCCUAAUUAAAACCAAAGCUAUACUAUAUAUUCUUCCAAUUCAUAAUAUAUAUAAUGGGGUGCAGUGAUUUGUUGCCUUUGUUUGUUAUGGUGAUAGUUCAGCUAGGAUAUGCCGGAGUGAACAUCGUAGCGACGGCGGUGAUGGGCGCCGGCAUGAAUCCCUUCAUCCACAUAGCUUACCAGCAAAUGUUUGCCACCAUUGCCCUUGCUCCCUUGGCUUAUUUCUUGGAGAGGAAAUCAAGGCCUAAAAUGACACCCAAGAUAUUUUUCCAGAUACUUUUGGCCUCGUUUUUUGGGCUUACAGGGGAACAAAUCUCUUUCUUUGUAGGCCUAAACAAUUCCACUCCCACUGUUGCAUCUGCUUUGGGAAACUUAAUACCCGCAAUCACAUUUAUUGCUGCCCUCGUCUUCAGCAUUGGUGGGGCGAUGUUGCUAACGUUGUAUCGGGGACCCGUGGUCAUCGGCCAGUCAACCAUUCACUGGAAAUAUGCAAAAAAUACAGUGAACAAGAAUAGUUCUAGCAGCCAUGGCAAUGUGAUUUUGGGACCUAUUAUGGUCAUUCUCAGCUGUUGUGCAUAUACUGCCUUCCUAAUUACCCAAGCAAGGUUGAGUAAGCAUUAUGGAGCUCCAUACUCUAGCACAGCUUUAGCAUGUUUCCUGGCAGUAUUUGAGUGUAUGAUAAUUGCGUUGUGCGUUGAUCAUAGCGUUUCUGAUUGGACUUUGACUCCCAUCAGAGCUGUCUCCACCACUUACAAUGGACUUGUGAAUUCUGCCCUUCGAAUCUGCCUCAUUUCUUGGUGUAUAGAGAGGAAAGGCCCUUUAUAUGUUGCUGUGUUCACCCCUUUGUUGUUUGUCCUUACUGCCAUUUUAAGCUGGGCUUUUCUUCGCGAAAAAAUAUAUACCGGCACAGUGGUGGGAUCAAUCCUGAUUGUGGUGGGACUCUACACUGUGCUGUGGGUAAAGAAGAAUGAGUUGCAGGUGAUUAAUGUAGAAGAUAACAACAAAUUGAAGGAGAAUAAUGCAGAGAAAACAGAAGCUGGAGAGUGCUGAUCGAGAUGGAUCGAGUAACCAGCUUUUUCAUCUACAGAUUAGUGUCCAACAAAUUAAAAUAGGGCACAUAUUAAGGCAAAAGCCAAAUUAGGGCUUAGCUUGAAGCUCUCAUCUUAUUGUGUUCUGAAUUGUGAUAAUCACUCCUAAGAUAGGUGGG